AUGACUGGACCCCAGAUCUAUACCCUCAACAGCGGCAAGAAGGGCGUUGAGGAGCAUCGCCUCGACUACCAGCACAUCACUUGGUUACAUCUUACGAAGACCUUGAUCCCUGAGAACAUCAAGUCAUAUCUCAACUCUCUUGGGCGUCCACCCGCGGUAGCCGAUGUUGGAACUGGUACUGGGGUCUGGCUACGAGACUUCGCACCAGAAGUCCACCAAGACGCUCGUCUCGAUGGGUUUGACAUAGAUGACUCAAAGUUCUUCUCCCCCACUGAGCUUCCGCCAAAUGUCAACUUGUCAUUCGGGAAUGUCUUCGAGCCAAUCCCCGAGAAUCUCGUGGGGAAAUAUGACUUGGUUCACGUUCGACUUCUGAUGGUCGCCCUAAAAGCCGGAGAUUGGGCGCCAGUAGCAAAGAACCUUCAAUCACUUCUGCGACCAGGAGGGUACAUCUUGUGGGAUGAGACAGGAUUCACCAAGUUUAAUGCUGUGCCAAUUACUGAGGCAUACCAGAAAUGGAUCAGUACGGAUGUUCGCUACGGGCUAUCAGUUGGGCGAGAUGUCACUAGCCCAAUGCCACUCGAGGGGCACUUCAGAAAGGCUGGUUACGUCGAAUGCUCACACAUUGACUUCAGUAGCUUCAGUGAAGGGCCUGAAGUUCAGAAGAGAGCUGGAGAUACGCUUGUCAACUAUGCACGACAGGCUUUGAAUGGUAUCGCUACCAAAGGAGAGUUCGAAUGGAUUCACUCCCAUGAAGAUGUGGAGAAACAUUGCGACAUUCUGCAACAAGAGGUUGAUGACGGUGUUUCGGUGAUGGGAUAUGAGGUUCGGUGGACUAUUGGACGGAAGCCGGAGUAA